GCCGUUUUUUGCUUCGUGUCUCCGCGCGUCAUGCGUAAAGAUCAGCGGAGUCCAUCUGAAACCUGCCAGGACUGCCGCGACAGAAAACGCGCAGGCUUAUUAUGCAACAGUGACAUUACACCUCCCCUCUCCCGUCUUCAGACAGAUGGGUGUAAACACUGUCCCAAAGAGAGCUAGUGUACUUUUAUUUUAAGGAGUAGUUGCCUCCAGUCGGCCGGAGCGUCGCAGCGCAGGACGCAAAGUAAACUAAAGAUGAGUGCCACAGAAGCCAAAGGUAAGAAAAGCAGUCCAGGACCCAAGAAGGCCCGGCUGAGUGAAGAUGAGGACGUGCCAGACCUGGACAGCAUCCCUCAAGAAAUCCUCAGUAAGGUAGACGAGUGUCUGCAGCCUUUCCGUCUGUCAGUCAGCACUCUGCAGAGUGUUUCCACUCGGCUGAAAAAGGACAUGAUCAGAGGUUUGGGCAAACACACUCACCAUCGCGCGCCCGUCAAGAUGCUGCCCACCUUCGUCAGAGCGACGCCGGAUGGCACAGAGAAAGGUGACUUCCUGGCGUUGGAUCUGGGCGGCACGAACUUCCGGGUGCUGCACGUUCGCAUCCUGGAGGAUGAGCAGAGAGUCGUGAAGAUGGACAGCCAGAUCUGUGCCAUCCCGCAGGAGAUCAUGCUAGGACACGGAGAAAAGCUGUUUGAUCACAUCGCUGCCUGUCUGGCCGAGUUCCUGGACUCUCACGAAUUGAAGGGCCAAACUCUUCCUCUGGGCUUCACCUUCUCCUUCCCCUGCGAGCAGUUAGACAUCGACAAGAGCGUCCUGAUUCGCUGGACAAAAGGCUUCAACUGCUCCGGGGUGGAGGGAGAAGAUGUGGUGAGGCUACUGAGAGAGGCCAUCCACAGGAGAGGGGACUAUGACAUUGGCUCGGUUGCCAUGGUGAAUGACACGGUGGGGACGAUGAUGAGUUGUGGCUACAGGGACCAGAGCUGUGAGAUCGGCAUGAUCAUUGGUACGGGAACCAACGCCUGCUACAUGGAGGAGAUGAGGAACGUGAAGCGGGUGGAGGGCGAGGACGGCCGAAUGUGCAUCAACACGGAGUGGGGCGGCUUCGGAGACGACGGCUCGCUGAGAGACAUCCAGACAGACUUUGACUUGGUGGUGGACAAAACCUCGCUCAACCCCGGCAUCCACACGUAUGAGAAGAUGAUCAGCGGGAUGUACUUGGGGGAGAUCGCCCGGCUGGUUUUGGUCAAGCUGACGGAGGACAAGCUGCUGUUUGACGGGCAGGUGUCGGACGCCCUGCAGACGCCGGGCAGAUUCGAGACGAGGUUCAUCUCGGAGAUUGAGGCGGAGGACACAGGUCUGGAAAACACUCAGCGCAUUCUGACAGAGUUGGAUUUGAACUGGAGUUUGGGGGACGUUCGUCUGGUCUGGCUGGUGUGUGACACGAUCUCCACACGCUCCGCCCAGCUCUGCGCUGCCGCCCUGGCAACCAUCGCCAACCGUAUCCGUAACAACCGUGGCCUGGACCACCUGAAAACCACUGUGGGGGUCGACGGGACGGUCUUCAAAAAACACCCCAAUUUCAGCCAGCAGCUCCAGGCGACGGUGCGCCUCCUCGCCCCAAGGUGUGACAUCACCUUCCUCGUCUCAGAGGACGGCAGUGGGAAGGGCGCUGCCAUGGUAACGGCUGUGGCGCAGCGGCUGGCCCUCCAGUCUCGACUGCUGGAGGACAGCGACGGGGAGGAUGACGAGGAAGAGGAGGAGGAGGACGAGGAGGAGGAGGAUUAGGAGUGUGAGCAAGAGGAGGAGGAGGAGGAGGAGUGGAGGGAGGAUGUGAUGCUCUGAGGCAAUGCAGAUGGGAGGGGAUGUUUAGCCUUUGGACGAGGAGUCAUUAAGUCUGUUUUAAAGUCAUGUGUGGGUGUUUUCAUAUAAAUUAGUGUCCAUUUUGCAUUUUGCUCACUUUUAGGCCUGUUUCAGUUUCAUUUUGAAAAAGCCAGAUCUCAAGAGAAAGCCAUACCAUCUCCCACAAGGUGUGUCAAAAUCAUGUGACAGCGUACGAGGGCCAUUGUAGAGACUGGGUAAUAUUCUGAGACAAAAAACCUCAGAAUUUCCAAGAUUAAAAUCUUAGAUUUAGAAGAAGAAAAACUCAGAUAUUCUCUGAGAUUAAAGUUUAAGGAAAAAACGCCUUUGCAACAGAAACUGAUUUGCUUGUGAGAAGCUACACAAUCUCUAAGCUGUUGUUUCUUCGUUGCUGUUUGUUUUUCAAAUGCUCAGUUGGGAUUAUGUGUGUGAAUGAAGGAAAUGAGAAAAAAUUAGUGUUGUUUUCUUCCGAAUAGGCCCAAGACAUGGCAAUGUAGAUGCUGAUGAUAAUAUUAUGAUUAUGAUGAUUUCCAAUCUCACAAAGUCAAGUCAUGUGCUUCCUUGACCAAAUAAAUAAAUAAAUAAAUAAAUGAAAUAAAGUAAAAGAAAAACAAUUUUUUUUCCAAGUUUUUUUUUUUCAUAAAUGUGUGAGUUUUUUCCCGGAAUAUUACCUCCCCUCCCCUCCGUUCCUUAAUUUUUUUUCCCCUUACAAUGGCCCUAGUAUGCUGUUGUAAAAUCAGACCAGUGGUAUUUGAGAAAUUGUUGCUUGAGGCAUGGGGACCUUUUGACCUGUUGGUGGCGCUGUGGUGAACAUUUUGUGGGUGCUGGAAAUCAUUGUAAAAAAAAAAAAAAA